AUGGUCAUUCUGGAAAUCAUGAGUGGAAGAAAAGUGCUUGAUACUUUGAAUUCAUCUGCAAAUUCACUGACUGAUUGGAUAUGGACACUUGCCCUUAAGAUGUCAGAGGGUGACAUUGGCAUUCCCCUAUUACCUGACAGACCAAUACAGGAAGAAAGUGGUCGCGGAGAGGGUUAUGGCUGGUGCGGUGGAGCUGAGGAGAGGCUAGCGAAGAUAAAGGGGCACUUGGCCUCAAUGGCGGAGGCGUGGGCGGAUGCGAUGAUGAGGGGAGAAGGGGAAAGAGUGUGGCGACGAUUGUACUGCGCAGAUAUGGGAUCGGAGUUGGGAUGCUUGGUGUAUGUGAGUGAGGGUGGACAGGGGGGCGAUGAGACCAUAGAGCUUAGGGGUGCAGGCCGCAAAUAG